UAUAUUAUUAAAAACAAGGACGUUAAAAACAAAGUGCUGAGGCCAUUAAAAACUUCUGAAGCGUAACGUACACUAUCACGACAUUCUCUUGUUUUAGUUGAAUUUAAAACCAGGAAGUAAAAGAUUUUAUACAGUUUACAGAAGUCAUAACACUACAAGGAUUUUUCAAGUUAUGGCGAUUGUGUAUAAACACACCAUAAUAUUUGAUUGUAUACCAGGAAGUAAAUGAACGUAUACAGAGACCCAAACACUUACAAGAAUUUUUCAAAUUAUGGCCAUUGUGAAUCAAUACACCAUCAUAUAUUUCUAUUUAGUUAUACAUGCUACAACGUCCUUGUAUAUCAAUAGAAACCUUUGUUUAGAGAGAGUUGUACGAUUUAUAGAUCACCAAGACAAAUGUAGGUUUGAAUCAAGUACCGCCGAGGAUAUUUUACAAGAUGUCACCACCUGUCCCAACAAAUGCAAUUUCCAGAUGUUUAACUUAGAAUAUCUUAGCUACUCUCUUAGAAGCAUUCAACUAACGAUAAGUGAUGAAAUAAAAUGGUUCUCCCUAUGUUCAGAUCCAGAAUCAUCACAAUAUAAGAGAAGGUUAUAUAUUAAUUGUGCAUCGUGGAAUACAAGUAAAUACAUAAUGUGGGAUGAUGCUAGUGUUUGCUCCAUAACCAAUGCACAGUGUUUCCAAAUAUACAAAUACUGCGUCUGUCAUUGUUUGCCUGGAUAUAUUCUGGAGGACGACAAUUGUCUAAAAGGAGUGGUAAAAAUUGGUGGUAUUUGCGAGUACAGUUGGCAGUGUGUAGGAGCGGGAAUUUGUAAUCAUACUUUAUGUUCAUGCAGUUCAGGAUACACACAAAUUGACGGAAACUGUUACCCUGGAAAUCUAGAAUUAAAUGAUUCGUGUGAGCUAACAGAACAGUGUUUACAACCAUUCUCAGUUUGUUUCAAAGGAAAAUGCAAAUGUAUAAGUGGGUAUUCUGCAUUUGAUACAGAUAGCUGCAUUAAAGACACUGUUCCAGUUGGUGGGUUUUGCAACUUAAGCCAACAAUGUACAGGAAGUAAUAACUCUGGAAUAUGUGAAAACGGAAUAUGCACUUGUGGAAAAGAGUUCACAGCUAUAGAUUUUGCAUGUGAAAAAAAAUCAGCCAACAGUCUUGGAAUUGGAAGUUCAAAUAGUCAGCAACAUGACACCAAUAUUGGAGUAACGGUUGGGUCGCUGUUUGGAGGAUUUACUCUUGGUGUAAUUGUAACUGCUGUCGUAACGACCCUGAUGUACAGAAGAUUAAAGUUUCGAACCAGAAAAAGAGAGGAACCUGACGUUAAGUUUGCAGACAACAGAACGUACGGUGGUGCCAGCGAUGCUCAAAUUUCUUUUACUAACAGUAAGAAGCAAAAUGUUGCAACAUUAUCUCCAUACUCUUUUGCAAAAGAAACACAAGGAUACAAUUUGUCUAGCAAACAAGAUGAAAGGACUGAAGACGUCUACAAUCAUUUGCGCGAACAAACAGAACAAGAUGGAGACACUUACGAUCAUGCAUGUGCUGCACAAAAUCACAGUACGGAUCUGUCUGAUUACAGUAAUCUACAUGAUGCAGCCACUUUUCGAACAUCACCGUCAGAAGAUGGAGACGACUAUUCUACAUUAAGACAUUGAACAAGCAAAAAUUUAGACUUGGUUUCCAAGGGUAAGAACUGUGCACAAUAGAACUUCCGGUUUAGGGACACAAUGUUAACCGAUGCUCGCAUUUGUGAGUUUAUUAUUUGUUUAUGGGUUGGGGAAAAUUUCAGAGCCCUAUCGAUUUGAUUCGGCCGUUUUUGGGGGUUUAAAUCAUGCUCAGUGUUAUUUUUUCAUUGUAUAUAUGUUAUUUCAGUGUGUGUGUUAGUAUGAGAGAAAAAAUGAACAGAGUGGAACUACAUGUUUGUGUCAAUAUACGUGUCUCUUCUCUUCUCAUGAGCCAUUUUCAGUCAUACAUAAUGCAUAUUCUCAUUUAAGAAAAUCUGUAAUAUAUUCUUAACAUUUUCUAUUAUAACGGUUAAUGAGUUUGUCUUUACUAUCUUUUAACUGUAGAGGUCUGCAUGGUAUAGAAAAGAGAAGGGACGUUAUAAACUUUUUGAAACAGAAACAAAAGUCAAUUUAUUUUUUACAAGAUACACAUUUCACAGAAGAUGAUGUUAAUAUGGUACAAUCAAUGUGGGAAUAUGAAAUCUUUAUUAGCCCAGGUAAAACAGGGGUGGCAAUCUUAUUUAAUAAUAAUUUUGAAUAUGAAAUCAUUCAAGUAACAACUGAUGAAAUUGGUAAGUAUUCAGCAAUUGAUCUAAGAAUAGAAAAAUACAGUAUCAUUCUUAUCAAUAUAUAUGGCCCCAAUCGUGACUCACCUGAUUUUUAUGAAAAUAUUCAAAGUAAGGUUGAAAGCUUUUAUGGAGACUUCGUUGUUAUAGCUGGAGAUUUUAAUUUAGUUCAGGAAACAUCUCUAGAUUAUUAUAACUACAAACUCAUAGGAAAUCCAAAAAGCAAGGAAAACAGUUAUAGUUUCUCAAAAACAUCAGUAUGCAGAAAAAUCAGACUCACUUGAAGCUAUAAAACAAAUACCAGAUGCCCUGUUAUCUCUAACUAUUGAUUACCAGUUCUUCUUUGAGCAGAUCUUACUCCAUAUUAGAGGAUAUACAAUUGAGUACAGCUCGAGAAAAAAAAGAGAUAGAGUAAACUAGCAAAAAGAAAUACAAGAAAAGAUGAAUACUAUAAGAAAUAAUGAAUAUGAAACUAAUAAUGAUGAACUUAUUCUUUUGCAAAAUGAGUUAGAAUUAAUCAGAAAAGAACACAUGAAAGGUUAAAUGGUAAGAGCUCGUGCUAAAUGGAUUGAAGAGGGCAAAAAGCCUACUAAAUAUUUUCUUGCACUUGAAAAACGAAAUUAUAUAAACAAAACAAUAUCCAAAAUUGCCAAUGACAGUGGAGUUUUAAUCACAAAUCAACAAGAAAUACUUAGUGAAAUUAAAUACUUUUAUCAAACCUUAUAUAGCAAUAAAGAUAAUGACUUGAAUGAUGUUGUUAUAGAAGAAAUUAUAGAUAAAAGCUCGGUUAACAUACUUGAUAGGAAUAUGUGUGAAAAACUAGAAGGAAAAACAACCUAUUCAGAAGCCUUAGAAACUCUAAAAAAUAUGAAAAACGAUCAAUCACCAGGUUCAGAUGGCUUUACCGCCGAAUUUUAAAUUUUUUUCUGGAAAGAUAUAUGCCACUUCUGGUUAAUGUUAGCUACAUGUAAUGAAGGCUUUGAAAAGGGACUACUAUCAACAACUCAAAAACUAGGAAUAAUAUAUAUCUUGCCAAAAGAAGAUAAAUGUAGAGAAUAUUUAAAAAAUUGGAGACCAAUAUCACUCUUAAAUGUAUCCUAUAAACUAAUAUCAGCAUGUAUCGCAAACAGACUAAAACAAGUACUAGACUACAUUAUCAAUGAAAAUCAAAAGGGUUUUUUAAAGGGUAGGUUUAUCGGAGAAAACACCCGUUUUGUUUAUGAUAUUAUUAAUGAAACAAAAUUAAGGCAAAUUCCUGGAAUGAUAUUACUUAUUGAUUUUGAAAAAGCUUUCGACUCGAUAUCAUGGUCUUUUAUGUUCAAAGCACUUAAAUUUUUCAAUUUUGGUCCAAAUAUUAUUAGAUGGGUGAAAACAUGUUAUACAGUUGCAAAUUUAUUGUGUGAUUCAAAAUGGAAUUUUUUCAGAUUUUUUCAAUAUUGGGCGCGGAUGUCGACAAGGAGAUCUAAUUUCACCAUAUCUUUUUAAUAUAUGUGUAGAAAUCAUGGGUAUUAUGAUAAGACAAAAUAGACAUAUCAAAGGAAUAAACACACAAAGAUAUAUCUGUUUGUUUCAAUAUGCGGAUGAUACAAUUAUGUUUUAGAUGGAACAGAAAAAAGUUCAAAAUCAG